AUGAAAAAUCUAUCUUUACUAUUAUUGAUUGGUUUCCUUGGAACCAUCACCGCGAACCUUUGCAUUACGAAAACAUUGAAUUUCUGUCAAUACGGAUUCAAUCAGAAUCUGAAUGUCAGCUCGACGGCUGAUUGGACGAAUCCGGGCACUUUGAACUUCAUCGUUCGCUCGUAUUACUUACAGGGAAUAGACGGUCUCCUCGCCGUCUGCAACGCCCGUCAACAGUUCUCUCAAUGCCUCGGUGACCAAUAUGAUGCAUGCAUGUCCCCUCUCAAUUUCAUCGCCAGUGGAGAAUCUCCAUCUGAUGCUCAGUCCUACGUUCAACUCUUCAAAACUAUGGAAUUCGAUUGUAAUGGAGGAUUUAUUCAAUCCUCUCGAAACUGGCCAUGCAUCGCCACGAUCCUCCAAGUGAAGGAUGACAAGUUGAAUGAGUGCCGUCAGCAGUAUAAUACGGACCUUCAGAAGUCCCCAUCGGCCCUCUGCCAGGCGUCCGCCGACUACGAAACCUGUGUCCGUCGUCAAUUCGGCACCACGUGUGGAUCUGAAGUCUCGUGGUGGGCAUGUGAAAGAACUCGUCGUGGAUUAUCGAUUGAUUCCGAUUGCCCAUCGGAUACGUGCAGUUUGGUGGCUUCUGGAGCAGCGAUGACGUCAUCUGGAGACUUUAGAGACGAGAAAGCGUCUAAGUUGGUAUUUGACAUGCAUUCGGAUGUGAUCGAUGUGAUUCAUGAGAUUUCCGAGAGACAAAAGAGAGAACAAUAA